GUUAUUUGCUUCAACGGCGCCAUCAGUGCCUGUGAGAAGUGCGGGCAGUGGGAGCAAGCACUUCGAAUCCUUGGGUCUUUGCCCGACUAUGGACUGCACCCGACGAAGAACAGCUUCAAUGCCGCGAUCCGGGCUUGCGGGUGGGACGGUCAGUGGCAGAAUGCCUUGUUCUUGCUUGGGGACAUGGAGGACAAGGUACUGACGCCGGACAUCAUCACGUAUGGCGCUGCGAUCUGUAGCUGCGACCGGGAAGAGGCCUGGGAGAUGGCGAUGCUGUUGCUCAGCCAAGCACAGUAUCGGCAUCUUCGGCUCGACGACGUGGCAGUGGAUGCUGCCCUGCAUGCGGCGGCAGAAGUGGCGCAAUGGGAAGCGGCACUUCUGCUCCUGGCGAACAUGGAGGCCAUCGCCGUCCCUCCUGGUCAAAUUUCCUUCAACACAUGCAUCGAAGCAUGUGCAGAGGAGCAGUGGGAGCGCUCCCUGCAUUUGCUCAUCCAGAUGCGGUCGACGCCGCGCGUCCGCCCCGACCAGAUCACGUACACAUCGUUUUUCAAUGCCCUCGUUCUGCGGGAGCAAUGGAAAGAAGCACUUCAAGCCCUGGACGACAUGCAGGAAGACGCGGUUCCACCGACUGCCCGGGACUACGCUGCCGCCAUGAGUUGCUGUCGACGUUCAGCACCCGACGUUGCGAAAGCGCUGUUGCAGAGGAUGCUCAACAGCUCAGUCGAGCUCCAUAGCUUCGCCUACCCUGCCCUCAUCGCUGCAGCAAGAAGCGCCGACGAAGCCAUUGAGCUCGCUUCUGAUUUAUUCUCACGUCGCGUGGAGCCCGACAUUGUCAUUGAAACAGCCCUUUUGGCCCGAUGUGCGAGAGACGGGAUCAACAAGGAGGUCGUCCGCCGCGAGGCCACACUUGGGAGCUUUGCAGCGCAGCUCCUGAGGGCACUUCCUUAA